AGUCUGCGACUGGACCUAACGGUCAGGUGUACCUUUACCUUCAGUACAUGCUGGUGACAGUUGGAAAUGGAGUAAACUGCAUGAGUUGUGCAAAAUGCUUGCAAAUGGGAGAGAUUCAAAGUGUCAUUGUUGGCCAGGCAGGCCCUGUAAAUUUUGCCAAAUUUGCUUUGGACACAAAAGGAGAACUUUUUUCUGGCCAUCUUAAAAUGAUGCUGUUGCCGUGUCUCUUUUGAAACACCUUUUGCCGAUCCAUAAAUGUGGUGGGCGUGGGGCCGCUUUCUUGACCCACUUCACAUACACUGGCUUUUGUUAGCGCACAGUGGUGCCGAGAGCGGUUGAGAAUGAGGCCUGUUAUGCAACUCAGGUACACUUACCCUGGUAGGCUAUUGACUUUCUCAUACUUCCCCAGGGGGCCAGUAUCCCCCAGGGUGAGGUAUCUGAGCAUGAGUCGUAAACUAUGUGGUUGCAGAAGAGGUUUGGGCUCUUCUCCUCAACAUUUCUCCUCAACUUGCAGAGACACACACAUCCUCGCAGCAGCAUAGUGACCUAGGUUAGCGUGAUAUCCUAGAGACUGGAAAGUAGGUUAGAAUUCUGCAGCGCUUUGUGUAAGUGGGCCAGUUACACAAACCAGGUUACGUCCAGGCCAGUUAAACCAGGCCAGUUACACAAACCAGGAAAUCAGUGUGAACUCCAGUAGCAGUGGAUUGGGGGUGGGUGAAGAAGGGGUUGCCUUGUUGAGAAGUGGGUGGAGAAAACACAUCUCCUUUACCUACUCCUCUUUAGCAGCCCAAAGUUUUGCCAGUUGUCUGCAGUCUUCCUAGUUCCCAGCAGCUUCUCUCUUUCCCUCUCGUCUCAAAAGCUCCAGGGAUUGAUUUUGGAAGCAGUCCAGCUUGCAUGUGCCUGAGGAGUUUGCGUGCACGAAGCCCCAGGAACUGGAAGGUUCUGGCUCCCUUCUUUCAUUUAGGCUGAGAUUUAUGGACUUGUACAUGAUGAAUUGCGAACUCUUGGCCACGUGCAGCGCCCUGGGCUUCUUGGAAGGGGACACCUACCACAAAGAGCCGGAUUGCUUAGAGAGUGUGAAGGACUUGAUCCGCUACCUGCGCCACGAAGAUGAGACUAGGGAUAUUCGGCGCCAGCUGGGGGCGGCGCAGAUUCUACAGAAUGACCUGAUCCCUAUCAUCGUACAAUACCCCCAAGACAAACAACUCUUUGAUGCUGUUAUCAGGUUAAUGGUAAAUCUAACUCAGCCAGCCGUCCUCUGCUUUGGCAAACUCCCCCAAGAAGCCAGCUUCCGACACCAUUUCCUGCAAAUCGUCUCUUAUCUGCAGGCUUACAAAGAAGCGUUUGCCAAUGAGAAGAUCUUUGGGGUACUGAGUGAAAAGCUAUAUGACCUUCUGCAGCUGGACUGGGAACAGCGUCAGGAGGAGGAUAACCUCUUAAUCGAGCGCAUCUUGCUUCUGGUGCGCAAUGUGCUGCAUGUCCCGGCUGAUCCAGAUGAGGAGAAGAACGUUGACGACGAUGCCAACACUCAUGACCGGGUGCUGUGGGCCAUCCACAUCAGUGGCAUGGAUGAUCUGCUCAAAUUCUUGGCCAGCUCCCAGAGCGAGCAGCAGUGGAGCCUUCACGUGCUUGAGAUCAUCUCCCUUAUGUUCCGGGACCAGAACCCAGUGCAACUGGCGGCAACAGGGCAGGCCCGCUCAGCCAAGGAGCAGGGCGCAGACACAGCUGAGUUGGAGCACCUGAGGCAGAAGGAACUGGCUGAGAGGAAGAGCCGGGUUCUCCAGCGGAGCAGCAGGCACUCUCGUUUUGGUGGCUGCUACGUCAUUCAGGGCCUGAAGUCUUUUGGAGACAGAGACGUUGUGAUGCAUAAGGGACUACAGAAUGUGAAGAACUACAGCCACGAUCUGACCAAGGAGGUACGGCGGGUGCCAAAGAGGCGGCAGCUUGCCCCUGAUGGCGAGGGCGUCUCUCGCCGGUCAGCCCUCAACGUGAGGCUUUUCCUCAAGGAGUUCUGUGUGGAGUUUUUGGAGAACUGCUACAAUCGCCUGAUGUAUCUGGUCAAGGAUCACCUGAUCAGGGAAAAGGCCCAGCAGCACGAUGAGACCUACUACUUAUGGGCCAUGGCUUUUUUCAUGGCCUUCAACCGGGCUUCAUCUUUCCAACCUCAGCUGGUUUCUGAAACGGUUAGCGUUCGGACCUUCCACUUCAUUGAGCAGAGCCUGACCAAGUACUAUGAAAUGUUACUCAUGGAUAAGAAGGAGGCUACUUCUUGGUCUAGAAGGAUGCAUCUGGCUCUCAAAGCCUACCAGGAACUGCUAACGACAGUGCACGAAAUGGACCAUUCGCAAGAAGAAGCCUUGCGCAACAGCAGCCACAUCAUAAAGAACAACAUUUUCUACUUGAUGGAGUAUCGCGAGCUGUUCCUCACCCUCUUCCGUAAGUUUGACGCGACAAAGCAGCCCAGGUCAUUCCUGAAAGAUCUGGUGGAGACCACUCACCUUUUCCUGAAGAUGCUGGAGAGAUUUUGCAAAGGGAGGAACAACCUAGUGGUCCAGAGCAAGAAAAUCAAGAGGAAGAAGAAGCCUGCUAGCUCGACUGUGCAGCCCCGAGCACCCGAGGAGCUGGAGAAGAUGUGGCCGAGGCUGGCUGAGCAAAUUGAUAAAUGCAUAAAGGGUCCUGAGCCUCUCCCAGAGGAUGUUGUCCCUUUUGAUGCUGCUUCGGAAAUUCCACUGGAGGAGCAACGAGCUGAGGCCAUGGUACGGAUCCAGGACAGUCUACUGGCUGGCCAGGCACCUGAAGCUCUGUCCCUCUUACGUUCAGCAAGGGAGGUGUGGCCAGAAGGAGAUGUUUUUGGAUCGUCCUCCCUUGGCCCAGAUGAAGAGGUGGAGCUGCUGAGGCAAAUCUUCUUUGCCAGCCUGCCUCGACAAACAGCACCUGAGACAGAUGAACCUGAGGAGGCAGCUGAAGAAGAGGAAGUCGCUGAGGAAGAGUUGGCGUCUGUAAAGGUGUCAGAAAGGGAGUUCACUUUCCUGGAUUACAUGAAGCGGUUUGCUAGUGCCAGUGUGGUCAAGGCCUAUGUCCUGCUCUUCAAGAACUACCAGCAGAACAGCGCCCACACCAACCACUGCGUUGUGAAAAUGUUGCACCGCAUCGCCUGUGACCUCAAGAUGGAGGCGCUACUCUUCCAGCUUUCUGUCUUCUGCCUCUUCAACCGGCUCCUCGGUGACCCUGCUGCUGCAGCUUACAAGGAGCUGGUGACUUUUGCCAAAUACAUUGUGGGCAAGUUUUUUGCGUUUGCAGCCAGCAACAAGAAGGCCUACGUGGAGCUGCUGUUCUGGAAAAGCACGGCUGUGAUUCGGGAGAUGACUGAAGGCUAUGGUGUGGCAGAGGAAGAUGAAACCUCGGACUCCCUCAAGGCUGCUCAUUGGACUGAGGAAGACGAGGAGGAGCUGAAGGAACUUUUCCACAAGUACAAGGAAGUGGAAGGUGAAGAUAUCCUUGACAACAUCCUUGCACACCUGACGGCUCGCAACUGGACACGCAAGCAGGUGGCCAAGCGAUUGGUGCGCUUGGGGCUUGCAAAGAGCCUACGGGAUUUUCCUCGGCAGAGGAAGGGGACGCGCAUUGUAUUGUGGACAGAGGACCAGGAGCUGGAACUUCAACGCCUCUUUGAGGAGUUCCGGGAAACAGAUGAUAUCCUGGCCAAUGUGAUGAGACAUAUCACCGCUAAGCGUUCCAAGGCCCGCGUUGUCGAAAAGCUGCUCAGCAUGGGGCUGGUGUCUGACCGAAAGGAGCUCUACAAAAAACGCAGGCGCAAGCCUGGCUCCCUUGCUGCGAACAAGGACAUGUUCCCCAAGGACUUUGCAGUACCUGACCUGGACGAGGCUGAGGAAGAUGACGAAGAGGAGGAGGAGGAAGAAGCGGAUGACUUCGAUAGCGAGGAAGAGGGGGAGUCAACCUGGAAGGAUGGUGGCCAUGGUGUAGGGAAGAGGCCGUUGGGUGGGCAGCCUAACAGGAAGGGAGGAGCUACAUCGGAAAGAGACCGCCAGGAGCUUGUGCGGUGCCUGAGGCAGGAAGGUCUGUCUGGCCCUCUGCUAUGGCUCCAGAACUGCCUGAACCGGACAGCUUCUGACCGAGAAGAGGAUGGAUGUGCCCAGCCAGUACCUUUGGUGCCACUGUCUGAAGAGAAUGAGGAUGCUAUGGAACACAAGCGCUUCCAGAAGCUUCUGCGUAAAGUAGGGAUUCGAGCCCCAGCCAGUGAACAGGAAUCUUUCUGGCGCAUCCCAGCCAAGCUCAGCCCAGAGCAACUACGACAAGCAGCUGCUUCCAUUGCUUCAAAAGAAGUGGAAGGGGAGACCAAAGAGCAACUAGCUGCGGAGGAGCAUCUCGAGACAGAGCAGCCAAGAUGCCUGACUGUGGGAAAGGAGGAGCCCGUCCAGCCCCCUCUGGGACCCAAGAGGAGGCGCUUGGUCAUUGAUGGUGAGGAGCAGGAAGAAGGCAACAGCCAAGGGUCCAGUGAUGAGGACGAGCCGCAGCCUGCUGGCAAAAGGAAGUGCCUGCGAAUUGAAGAAGAUGAAGAAGAAGAUUGAAGGAGUUUGCCUCCCUGGCCCAGUUCAGACCAGUUACACCCACUGAGCUGCAAGAACCAUCUCUGGCAGAGAGGUCUUUGAUAGAGCAGCCUGGAAGGAAUCUCUCUCUCUCUCUCCCCUAGCCCCCGUCUCCCAGUCUUGGUGCACAACACUUCAUAGAUUUUUGGGAUGCAGGCAGACUGAACAUGUGAAUGAGGCCUGCUAGAGAACGGAUGCAGGGAAAAGAAAUGUGAGACCUGCCUGAGGAGGGAAGAGGAGAAUGGGCUUUCUGCCCACACUUCCUUGCUUUGCUACAGGAUACAAGCUGGCACAGGAAGAAGCUUCACUUUAAACUGUUCUAUAACCAUUUGUACCUUAUGACACCUGUGACACAAGGCAUUUGUUCUGAAUGAUAUCUGCUGAGAGCCAGCAAAAGCCGCCCUGACAAGACUGACCUGCCAGGCAGAAACGAGGCAUGUUGGCUCUUCAAAUCUGAAGGCCACUUGGCUUUUGGAUUCGCCACCGCUCUCUUUCCGAGCCUGGCCAAAACACGAUCUCCUCCCUGUGCUCAAGUCUCAACAUUGCCUUACAAUACAUGUGCACGGUCUUCUGUCUCCAUUGCACCUUGGUACCUACCCCUUGAUAUUCCUUCUUCAAAAAUGGGUGCUUGUACUGGAAUCACACGAGACUCGUUUGACGUUGGGUGUCAAGAGUUGAAUUGUUUUGGGAGGGUGGGGUUCACAAGCAAAUAUGUGCUCCUGUGCUGGAUUUUGCACCCAGGUUACUAUUCCUGUCACCAGUUACUUCAGCAGUUUCCCUUACUGACUUCGUUGCUUGGGCUGUUCCAGGCAGAGGCAACGUCAGAGAUGUAUAAGGGUUGCCUCUUGUGUGACUGUUCAGGGAUGUGCCCCCAGUGGCAGAAGGGCAGGAAUGUUAGCGCAUGACUUGUGUGCUUGUGUUGUGCUUUCUUAAUAAAAAAAUCCCCCAAACAACUCUUGGCUGACUAGUUCUAAAGAAAUCCAGCGCUUCGAAGGUUAUUCUGC